AUGUCGCACUCCGAACGCGACACCGUUCCGCUCCACCCUUCCUCCCAAUCGGACAUCGACGAGAUCGAAAACCUAAUCAACGCCAGCGUCCAAUCGGGUCCCACCACCGUGCUUCCCGCCAAACCCCCAAGUCCGACCCGAGCCUCGAUCCCCGUCUCAUCCUCGCCGUUCAUCCAAUCAAACCUCCCGCCGCCAGCUCCCUCUGCCUCCUCCAAACAGAAGCAGCCAUCUGUCCCGGCCCCACCGCCCAUUCCCUCCGCCAACAACGGCCCGGGUAUCGUGCCUUCCGGGUUCGGGUCCCCGCCCAACACUCUGACGGAGCCCGUUUGGGACACCGUGAAGCGCGACUUGUCGAGAAUUGUGAGCAAUUUGAAGCUUGUGGUGUUCCCCAACCCGUAUCGUGAGGACCCGGGAAAGGCUCUGAGGGAUUGGGAUCUCUGGGGACCUUUCUUCUUCAUUGUGUUCUUGGGUCUCACUCUUUCCUGGUCUGCAUCUGUUAAAAAGUCUGAGGUUUUUGCUGUUGCUUUUGCUGUGCUUGCUGCUGGUGCUGUAAUUUUGACCUUGAAUGUGCUCCUACUGAAUAAGAAACUCAAAGAAAAGUUGCGUUUUCAGGGUGGACACAUAAUAUUCUUCCAGAGCCUGAGUCUUCUGGGUUAUUGCUUAUUCCCUCUUGACAUUGGAGCUCUAAUCUGUAUGGUAAAGGACAAUGUGAUAUUGAAGGUGGUUGUGGUCAGCGUAACAUUGGCUUGGAGUUCUUGGGCUGCAUAUCCUUUCAUGAGCUCAGCAGUCAACCCCAGGAGAAAAGCCCUCGCACUUUACCCUGUUUUCCUACUUGUCUAA